GCCUGAUAGGUACAUUUUGCGCACGCAUGGCGUAGUUCUGACGGCGCAAACUGAGUGUGCACGAAGCCUCGCCCAGUCCAGGCUUUUCUCUACAAAACACAACACAACUCGACUGUAACACGGGACGAACUUAACGUUACUUUGCAGACAUGAUAUUGUUGUACGCAACUGUUCUCUGCGUCUUGUUUGGUUCAUCGUCUGGUGUUCAAGAUGAACAGGUGUGCUAUGGCAGUAAUGUAAGAAUACCAUCUGAUUAUACACCACCUCUUUUCUAUGGUCAGUUGUACCUCACACCGAGUAAUGGGGAACCCAGAAGGCUAUUGAUGGAUAAGGGGGAGGCAAAAGACCCACGCCUGAAAGUUUCAUAUUCCUCAACUGAUUUAAGAGACUUGACAACAAAAGAUGAUGGAUUUAUUUCCAUUUCAUAUAAUGAUGGUAGACUGUACAACAUCAUCAGACUGAAAAUUUUGGAUUGUUCUAAAUUGAAAACAAAGUAUUACGGGGAUACAUUCUACCUUAAUAUUCCUAGCGAGGCUGAAUUCCUGGAGUUCACUCACACUGACAGUGUGGACCAGCCAAAUGUCCUGUGGAAUCGCAGCGACCCUCAGAUCAGUGAUGGAGUCAGAGGGCGGGGGAAGCGCUGGGAGAUUGCAAAAGUCAAUCAGGGAGACGGGGGCUACUACAACUUCAGAAGAAAAGACAACACUUUGCUGUCCAGGAUACAGCUCGUAGUAAAAGAGGACCAUACAACCAUUAGUCGAAAGUUGAACGAGCGACUCUUCAUUCAAAAUCCUUCAGUCGAUGUCCAGUGGACUGUGACUUUUCAACCUGAGGGGAAAGAUUUACCCAAAACAGUGAUGAAAGCAGGCCGUGUGGUAGGGGAAGAUUUUAAAAGGAGGAUUCGAGUGUUGGGUGGUGGCAUUGAGAUUGAUUCUGUGGAAAGCACAGACGCUGGCACCUUUCACUUCAGAGACCCGCAAGGUCACCUGGCCAUGACUGUGGAUGUGCUGAUAGCAAAUGGCCCCAUUCCUAUUUAUGUUUAUAUUGCUAUCGCUGUUGGGAUAAUAUUUGCGCUGCUUGUCUGCUGUUGUUGUGUGGGAAAGUGCUGUUGUAAAAAUGGCUCCUCUAAAAGGGACCAGUCUGCAGUGCUGCAGAAUGCUGUGUAUUACCACGAUUUUGAUCAACCUGCACGCUCAAAUCAGUCUCCUGCACCUGCUCCAGAUUACUCUUAUCACCCAUUGAAUUCUCUUGCUUCAAGAGAUCCUCCAGCUGCCUCUCUUGAGCCAUCGAUGCACAACCCACUGAAUAUCCAUGUGCGCUCCCCUCAGCCUGAGGUAGCUCCUCUAGGAGGGCAGGGGGCCGAUCCUGCUCCUUCAUUCGGCUCCAGUUUUCUCUCCUUAGACCAUGAGCCAAAGUUUGAUCUGAAAAUGUCCUCUGUUUCCCCCCUCAGUUCAGACUUAACUCUCUGUGAUGUUUACACCUCAGAUAAGCUCAACUUUCUGUAAGGAGCACACAGAAAACUCAGGCAAUUCGUACUUGCAUUGUACUUCUUGAGUAGUGGGAACACAGCCAUUAAAGCCCUUGAUUGUAUUGUGUGAUAUGCACACAUGGAAAAUUAAGAUUCUGCAAAACUGCAAUGUGGUGGUGAUUGAUGCACAAGAUAAGGACCAUGUAGAGAAACAGGAAGUUAUUCACACUAUCUUGACAGGUGACCGGACUUAUCGCAGGUUAAAAUGUGGGAUGUCGUCUUUCUUUUAAAUACAAACGCAAAGAAUGUAGUCAACUCAAAGAAGUUUGAGACUGGUGCUCUGGUAAGUCUGGAUAACUAACUCGGUAUGUAUAAUGUACAUUUUGCCUUUUUCCUGCUGCCGAGGAUAUCAUAGGUUGGAGAGAUUAUACCACAGUGAGGUCCGAAAUUGAUUAUCUGCAGCACAUUUUAGAAAUCGAGGAGUCAAACUGAGCUCAUCACUCAUGGAGAUCAAUGAACUUCACUCAGCAAUUUAAGCCACUUUUAUCAGCUUUACUUCUAUAGUAUUUUUAUAUGGUUUAUGGUGUAUGAUGUUUUUCAAACAGUUAUAUGCCUUUAGCCUCAUAUAUCAGAGUAUCUGUGUGGUUUUAUUGUUACAUGAUGAGAAAUUAUAUAUGAUAUUUUUAUUUGUUUUAUGCUUUGUAAAA